AUGUCAUUUCUCCCUCGAACCGUCGAGCUCCACACACGCCGCGCUCACUACGCCAAUGACGACGAACGCGGUGCGACUCCGAAAUGGCAGUCACAAUCCCGUAACCCGGCCGCGUUGUCCGUCAACGUCGAGGCCCGCGCCGCCGCCCUCGAGUUCUACACCGUCACGCUACCGCUGCAAAACAGUUACCGGGUUCUGUACCUGAACCUGGAGCACGACACGGUGGUCCUGCUGGGGGACCUGCAUUACACGCGCCUGACGAAGCUGCUCGACUGGUUCCGCAUGAAGGACAGGCCGACGUCCGGGCGGCCGCGGCACAGCGAUGUCGCCGGUGGCGCCGGCAAGGAAAAGGGGCUUAGGAAGCUGGCCAUGAGCGUGGCGCUAUGGGCGCACGAGGUCGGUGCCGCGACGCUCAAGGCUUUUGCGCGCACUGUGUUUGCCGAUAUGGACGAGUUCACCCUGUUUAUGUAUCCGGAUCGCCUGCCGCCGCCCGAGUGGACGGGAGGAGUUUGUAUGUUGGAGGAAGCCGACGCCGACGCCGACUACUACCGGCGCUUUAUCAUCGGGAGAGGCAGGCAAUUUCGCGUGGGGAAUGGCUGGAUGGUUGUCGGCCAGCAGCCCAUGAAGGUCGCCGAGAUAUCUUUUGAGGGCGGAUGGUGA